CUUUGCUACACCGAGGAAGUGGAAACAGUGUUUGUUUUUUAUAGCAUUGACUUUCAUCCUAUAAACUGCUCAGUGAUAUUCUGAGCGGACAUUACUUUUACUUCUUUCUACUAAAGCUUGUAGUUUGGUAAUAACAAUUAACAGGCUAAAAUAUGCAAAACUACGCAGAUAAUAUGAGGGACUUUGUGGAGAAGCAUGCAACCGGUCUCGCUGUUGCUUUAGUUGCAGGAGUGAGCGCACUGGCCUUGCGGAGGUGGAUGGCUGGGGGAGUGUGUCGGAGCAGGGUCAGGCUGGACGGGAAAACAGUCCUGAUCACAGGAGCCAACUGUGGCAUUGGGAAGGAGACGGCCCUGGAUAUGGCCAAUCGGGGAGCCAGAGUGAUAAUGGCCUGCAGAGACAUGACUAAAGCCCGCAUUGCAGCUGAUGAGAUCCGCCAGCAGAGUGGAAACGGCAACGUGGUGGUGAAGAAACUGGACCUGGCCUCGCUCCAGUCUGUCAGGGACCUGGCCAAAGAAGUCCAGGAGAAUGAGGAACGUUUGGACAUCCUCAUCAACAAUGCAGGUAUCAUGUUCUGUCCUAAGUGGGAGACUCAGGACGGCUUUGAAAUGCAGUUUGGUGUCAACCACCUGGGACAUUUCCUCCUCACCAACACUCUUCUGGACCUGCUGAAGAAAUCGACUCCAAGUCGCAUCGUCAACGUCUCCAGCAUGGCACACGAGAAAGGCCGCAUACAUUUUGAAGACAUCAAUCUGGAUAAAGACUAUGAUCCCCAUACCAGCUACCGCCAAAGCAAGCUAGCCAACGUGCUCUUCAGUAGAGAACUAGCUUCUAGACUGAAAGACACUGGAGUGACGGUGUACAGUCUUCACCCUGGGAUCAUCCGCACCGAACUAGGCCGCCACCUUUUCCCUACUUUAGCCAUGUGGAAGAGGAUCGUUGCUGCAGCAGUUAUGACCUUUGUCAAAAGUCCCUGGGAAGGAGCUCAGACCACCCUCCACUGCGCUGUGGACGAGAGACUGGCAAACUCAAGCGGCCUCUACUACAGUGACUGUGCCCCCAAAGAGCCGGCCCCCCAGGCCCUGGACGAUGCUGCAGCGAAGAGGCUGUGGGACCUCAGCGCCUCCAUGGUCGGUCUCGCUUAAACACAACACUCCAGCUUUAUUCAGUGGAUCACUCACAACAAAUGAGUUUUAUUAUCUAAUGGGUAACGGCACUGCAUUAAUUAUCAUAUUUUCAGAUUCAGACCUGACAUUCUUUCUUUGGUGUACAACAUUUGCAAUAUGUAAUCCCAGUCUCCAGUUGGUUGAGUUGAUAUUAAUCUUAGGUGCACUGCUUCAUCUUUAUAUUAUGCUUUUAUGAUUUAUAGUUUAUCAAUGGUAUGCUGCUCUGUCAAAAUGAUGCUUCAAAUGUACCAUCUUUGUGGAUUUUUGGUGCUUUAGAUAAGAGAUAUUGCUUUGUUACAUUUGACUUUGAUAAUUUGGAAUACCAUGAUGCUUAUAGCACAACAAGCGUCUAUCAAAUCAUGCGUGUCGCAAAUCCUAAUGACUUCAAAUGGUUGCUUUUAUUCAUGGCAUCUGGUAUAAAAACACGUAAAGCACUACAACAGAGAAAGGGAAGCACUAAGCCUGUUUUUGUAGAUUGAGGUGGAAGAAGUAGACUGUGUAAAAGUAUGCGGACGUUUGCGCAAAUGUAUGCAAAGUGACCUUACAGUGAUAUGCUGACAGAGGGGAGGAGAUCGUUACACUUCAGAGGAGAGAGGAUCCUCCACCAGGUGUAGAGAGGAGGGGACGCCUCGGGGGGGGGACGCCUCAGUUACAGAGCAGCCAGUAAAUCAAGAUUGUAGC